UCAGAUGAAAAAAAAGAUAUUGACCAUGAGACAGUGGUUGAAGAGCAGAUCAUUGGAGAGAACUCCCCUCCUGAUUAUUCAGAGUAUAUGACAGGGAAGAAGCUUCCUCCUGGAGGGAUACCUGGCAUUGACCUCUCAGACCCCAAACAACUGGCAGAAUUUGCUAGAAUGAAGCCAAGAAAAAUUAAAGAAGAUGAUGCUCCAAGAACAAUAGCUUGCCCUCAUAAAGGCUGCACAAAGAUGUUCAGGGAUAACUCUGCCAUGCGAAAGCACCUGCACACCCACGGCCCCCGAGUCCACGUCUGUGCAGAGUGUGGCAAAGCUUUUGUUGAGAGCUCAAAACUAAAACGACACCAACUGGUUCAUACUGGAGAGAAGCCCUUUCAGUGCACGUUCGAAGGCUGCGGGAAACGCUUUUCACUGGACUUCAAUUUGCGCACACACGUGCGAAUCCAUACCGGGGACAGGCCCUAUGUGUGCCCCUUCGACGGCUGUAAUAAGAAGUUUGCUCAGUCAACUAACCUGAAAUCUCACAUCUUAACACAUGCUAAGGCCAAAAACAACCAGUGAGAGGAAGAUGGAGAAGACCCUUCUCGACCCCGGGGAGCAUCUUCCAGGAGUGUGAUUGGGAAUAAAUAGGCCUCUCCUUUGUAUAUUGUUUCUAGGAAAGAAUUUUAAAAAUGAAUCCUACACACCUAAGGGACAUGUUUUGAUAAAGUAGUAAAAAUUAAAAAAAAAAACUUUAAUAAGAUGACAUUGCUAAGAUGCUCUAUCUUGCUCUGUAAUCUCGUUUCAAAAACACGGUGUUUUUGUAAAGUGUGGUCCCAGCAGGAGGACAAUUCAUGAACUUCGCAUCAAAAGACAAUUCUUUAUACAACAGUGCUAAAAAUGGGACUUCUUUUCACAUUCUUAUAAAUAUGGAGCUCACCUGUUGCUUACAAUUUUUUUAAUUUUGUAUUUUCCAAGUGUGCAUAUUGUACACUUUUUGGGGAUAUGCUUAGUAAUGCUAUGUGUGAUUUUUCUGGAGGUUGAUAACUUUGCUUGCAGUAGAUUUUCUUUAAAAGAAUGGGCAGUUACAUGCAUACUUCAAAAGUAUUUUCCUGUAAAAAAAAAAGUUAUAUAGGUUUUGUUUGCUAUCUUAAUUUUGGUUGUAUUCUUUGAUGUUAACACAUUUUGUAUAAUUGUAUCGUAUAGCUGUAUUGAAUCAUGUAGUAUCAAAUAUUAGAUGUGAUUUAAUAGUGUUAAUCAAUUUAAACCCAUUUUAGUCACUUUUUUUUUUUCCGAAAAAUACUGCCAGAUGCUGAUGUUCAGUGUAAUUUCUUUGCCUGUUCAGUUACAGAAAGUGGUGCUCAGUUGUAGAAUGUAUUGUACCUUUUACCACCUGAUGUGUACACCCCAUGUGACAGAAAAGGGCAACAAUAAAACAGCAGUCCUACAGAAAGAAUACGGCA